AUGAUGGAUAAUCCUACAUCCAGUCCGCACUUGGAUGGCACAAAAUCGCCACCCGGGGGCGCGGACUCGGCGCCCUUACCAAGGGACGACGAGCUUCACUCGCAGCGCGUUUUCGGAAAAGCAGACCGUGAUAGAACGGAAACAGACUCCAUCAUGUUAUACAAUGCCGCUGGUGUCAAAAAGGCUGAGGCAGUAGUUCUUGCGUGGGAUAAGAACGCUGUGUGGGCAGUCUACGCCUGGAUUUGGGUCUGCUUCUUUAUGCUCGCCUUCCAUUCAUCCAUCCAAAGCAACGUGAUCUUCUACGCAUAUGCGAACUUCCAAACCGCCCCUGAGGUUCCGACUUCGGCAAUCCUGGGAAGUGUUGUGGGCGGAGUGGUCAAACUUCCAGUCGCCAAAAUCGUGAAUAUCUGGGGACGAGCCGAAGGUCUUGUGGUUUUCACUUGUCUGUUUCUAUUAGGAAUUAUUGUGCUGGCAUCUUGCACUGGGCCCAGUGGAUACGCCGCGGGAUACGUUCUCUACUAUGUUGGAUAUAAUGCAAUAUACCUCAUUCUUGAUGUGUUUAUUGCUGAUACUUCGGGUCUCCGCAAUCGAGCAUUUGCAUUUGCAUUCUCGAGUACACCCUUCAUAUGCACGGCCUUUACGGGCCCAUUGGCGGCGCAGGCCUUGUUGAAAAUGACUUCAUGGCGUUGGGCAUAUGGUAUAUUUGCGAUCGUCUUCCCAUUCGUUCUUUUACCGCUCGCCGUUGUUUUCAAAUUUUACGAGCGCAAAGCCGAGAAUAUGGGGCUUUAUAAAAAAGUCCUUUUGAUGGCAGCUUUCAUUCUACUUCUUCUCCCCUUUAGCCUUUCAGCUUAUGGUCGAGCCGAAUACAGCUCUGCAUCUUUCAUCGCCAUGCUAGUCGUCGGUUUCUGUCUUUUUUUCGUCUUCGUGGCAUGGGAAAAGUUCUUCGCACGCAAGCAGUUUAUUCGGUAUGACCUUCUUAAGCAACGAACCGUUCUUGGUGCCUGCGUCCUGUCAACUCUCUUGAACUUCGGGUAUAUGGCCUGGGAUAGCUACUUCGUCAACUUUGCCAUGGUUGUGUAUGACCUUAGCGUCUCCAAUUCGGGUUAUAUGAACCAGAUCUAUAACAUCGGAUCAUGUUUCUGGGCGCCACUGUUUGGACUGUACAUCAGACAGACAAAGCAUUUCAAGAAAGCAUGUCUUUUCUUCGGCCUGCCAUUGAUGCUCCUCGGCUCUGGUCUCAUGAUCCACUUCCGUGGUCAAGACGAUGGCAUCGGAUACGUUGUCAUGUGCCAGAUUUUCAUUGCCUUUGCGGGUGGCACUCUAGUCAUUGGACAGGAUAUGGCAGUCAUGAGUGCGGCAGAUCAUGACGGUGUGCCCAUGAUGCUCUCGAUUCUCGGUCUUUUUGCUAGCCUCGGUGGAGCGGCAGGUGCCACACUAGCAUCUGCUGUAUAUACAAAUGUUUUCCCUAAAACGCUUGUUGCCAAUCUACCGGAGAGUGCUAAAGCAGACUGGGCGGACAUCUAUAUUGGUGGCUAUCCCGCUCAAAUGGUUUACCCGAUUGGAUCGGAAAUCCGCAAUGCCAUUAACAAGGCCUGGGGUGAUAGUCAAAAGUAUAGCUGCAUUGCAACCACGGCAGUCGUUGCACUGGGCUUUCCAUUCAUCGCCAUUUGGAAGAAUGUGAAUGUGGAUAAAAAGCAGGUUCCCGGAACGGUGCUCUAA